AUGCUGCUCUCGCUCCGCGCCAAGUGCGUCCUGAUCGCCCUUCUCGCUGCUGCAGCGGUCGUCGCCUGGUUGAUCAUCGCGCUCGCAGACACCAAGCCCAAGCUGCGCCCGGUGGUUCUGCUGACGGGCGACUCGCUCACGGAGCACGGCACGGACGUCUCCAAGAGUGGGUGGGCCGCUCUACUGCAAGGCGAAUACUCGCGCACCGCCGACGUGAUCAACCGAGGACUCCCGGGCUACAACACCAAGUGGUUCUUGAAGGACAUCGGCCCCACCAUCGAGCGCGAGAUCCGGAAGGGCGUCUACAGGACGCCGUCCCUCAUCACGGUCUGGUUCGGCGCCAACGACGCAGCGCUGACAAGUGGCUACAACUCGGCCCAGCACGUCUCCAUCGAAGACUACAAGGAGAACCUGAAGAAAAUCGUCGGAGAGUGUUGGUCCGCAGCCCCCACCGCCAGCAUCUUGCUGAUCACGCCUCCGCACGUCAACGACGCGGCCAGAGCCAAGCUCGCGGCGAAGAACAACGGCUCGAUCGACCGUACGAACGCCAUGUCCAAGAAGUACGCCCAAGCCUGCGUGGAGACCGGCGCCAGCAUCGGAGUCCCCGUGCUCGACCUGAACUCGUACUUCAACGCCAUGAACGAGACGGCACGAGACGCGCUGCUGAUCUCGGACGGCCUGCACUUCAACUCGUCGGGCAACAAGCUCGUGUUCGAGCAGCUGACGGAGAAGAUCGCAGACGUGUUCCCUAGGUUAGAUGCGAAGCUCAAGCUGUGGCAAUUUCCAAGCUACAGCGAAUACGCAGCCUCCGACCCGUGGACAACGGAGGAUGGCGAGUAG